UUCCAUCAUAAAACGAAAGUUGAUAAAUGAAAACAGAGUCAGCCUGAGGCAUUCGUUGGACUCAUUUGGCUUGCGGUCAACUUUUGUUACUAAUUACAGUUAAAGUUACAAUCACUUUUUUAAAAUACGGUAUUAUUAAUUAUUUACUUAAAAUAAUUUAAAUGAUGCGGUCAAUUUUAAUUACUGGGUGUAACAGAGGAUUGGGUUUGGGUUUAGUCCAACAUCUAACUCAAUUACCAAACCCACCGGAAAAAAUAUUUGCUACUUGUCGUGAUAUUAAUAAAGCUGAGAAACUACGAGAAAUUGCUGACAAGUCAAAGAAUGUCUACAUUAUAAAAGCAGAUUUGAAGGAUUUCAAGGACUAUGCCCGAGUUGUUAAUGAAAUCAGCUCGCAUGUUGGAGAUGCUGGUUUGAAUGUACUGUUUAAUAAUGCUGGAGUCGCUACCAAGUUCACGAGAAUCGGGAUGGUGAAGGCCGAACAGAUGACAGAAACUUAUCUGGUCAAUACUGUGGCACCGAUAAUGUUUACGCAGGCAUUUCUGCCGCUACUGAAAAAAGCAGCAGAAGGAAAACAAGGUCUGGGAGUACAUCGUGCGGCGGUUAUUAAUAUGACAUCGAUAAUUGGAAGCAUCGCUGAGAAUAAAAUGGGAGGAUUUUAUCCGUACAUGUGCAGCAAGACGGCACUGAAUGCCGCUACCAAGUCAAUGAGCAUAGAUUUGGAAGCUGAUGGUAUUCUGGUGGCUUGCAUGCAUCCUGGAUGGGUAAAAACAGACAUGGGUGGUAAUAAUGCGCCAAUGGAUAUUGAUUCUAGCUGCGGGGAUAUGGUUAAAACUGUUCUAGGACUUUCUGAGAAAGACAAUGGGGCUUUUCUUCAACAUGAUGGUACUACUUUACCAUGGUAAAAUAUCACUUUAAUCAAAGAAAUAGAAAUGAAAACUAAAAUAUUUAACAUACAAAUUAGUUUUUAACAUUUAGAAUUAUAUAUAUUAAUAAAUAUUGUUUU